CAGUAAUCAAGUAACAUUUCAAUAAGGUUAUGUUAAUCGUUAAAUAAUAUUUAGUUCUUCCAUACAGUGAGUUGAACAACGAUUGAAUCAAGCGAUUAGCGAAUUAUUAUUGGUUAACUAUAAGCGGUAUGAGUUCGACGGGAAAAGAUUACAUCUUUGAACCUUUUAAAGUUACAGAGGUUAAAUAUCGCGGAUUUACAAGCCCCCGGCCUAGAAGUGGACAUAGGAUAGCUUGUGACGACGUAAAUAUUUACUGCUUUGGAGGCUAUAAUCCAUAUUUACCCCUAAACACCAUACAAAGAAACAAUCCUACUUGGACACCUGCUAUGCCCUUAUUUAAAGAGCUGUGGAGUUUUUCUAUAACUACUAAGAAAUGGAAAGAGCAUAAAGUGACUGAGAAUAUGCCAGAAGAGUUGGCUUCAAAUGCCAUGUGUAUGAAUGGAAGGUUUUUAAUGAUUUUUGGAGGAACAGGCGCACCAUUUGGAACAAAAUGCAGUAAUGAUGUUAUAACUUGGCGCACAUGUGAUGGUGAUGCUAAACUUCAGAUUUUAGAUGUCACAGGAUCAAGGCCUCCAGGCCAGUAUGGACAGUCAAUAUUAUGCCACGAUGGUCACUUUUAUACAGUCGGUGGAACUAAUGGAUUUGCAUAUAAUUGUGAUAUUUAUAGGUUAGAUCUGCGAACAAUGAUUUGGGAGCCGGUAUUCAUUGGGACAGGACAAGAAGGUGAACCUUUGGGAAGGUAUCGACAUGAAGUUGUUAGAGUAGGAAACAAAUUGUACAUUAUUGGAGGAGGGACGGGAGAAUUGGCCUUUGAACUAAUGGACAUACCUAUGUAUGAUCUUGAAACAAAUACAUGGACAAAAUUAGUACCUAAAGCCGAUGACACAAUGAAGGAUACUGUCAUCCCUCUAGGUAGAAAAUGUCACAGUGCAGUGCAAAUAGAUACUUCAAGUGGUGUUCAAGUGUUUGUAGCUGGAGGAACUGAUGGGCAAGCCGUUUUUGAUGAUAUAUGGAGGUUAAAUGUGUCAGAUAUGCAAUGGCAUUUAAUGCAAAAGACUGUUCUCCCCCACCAAUUAUAUUUUCAUUCUUCUACUGUCACUUCUUAUGGUUGCAUGUAUGUGUUUGGAGGUAUUGAACCAAAAGACAAUGAAAGUAGAAGAAACAAUAUUCUGUAUAAAGUAUGGUUAUGUAUACCAAAGUUAAGCGAGAUUUGUUGGGAAGCUUUACUCAGUUUUCAUCCAAGUAUUGAUCACGUUGAGAGGUCGUCUCUAUUAGAUGUGGGAGUUCCAAGGCAUUUUGUAGAUAGAGUACAUCCUCAAUUAAAAUAAGUUACUGAAAAGAUAGUUUUUAAAAAGCAGUACAAUAAUUACAUGCAUAAUAAUUUAUUUUAAAAACAUUACUUGUGUACACUUUUGUACAGUUUAUCAUUUGCAACUUUAAUGAAUAAUUUUAUAAUAAUAAUUGACAUUUAAUUUUAGAUUUACAUAUAAAAGUUUUAAAUAUUACGGUUAUGAUAUCAUCAAGCAAUUGUCUAUGAUUUUAAUAUUUUUUUAAUUAUUUCCUAAUUAUAUAAAGCAAAAGGCAAAUGGAAUACUCAGGUGUGGCCACCAAAACUAAUAUAAAUUUAAAACGAAACAAACUUUUGUUAGUAUAAAAUUAAAUGUGUGUCAAUAUGCGUCAACUGUUCUCAAUUUAUGUAUUAAUAAUGCCAUCUUGUGUGUUCAAAAAUUCUAAUAACUAUUCCCAAAUAGGAAUAUAAGUUAGUGGAUUAUUUUUUCACAUAAACCUUUAUUUUAAAAGUAAAUUAUAUUAUUUUUUGUUACGAAUGACUAGGAACGGAAAAUCUCAACGAAAACCUUUGAAAUAGUUUAUACUAAAUCAGUAAAUAGGAACAAAAACGAUAGUAUAAUAAAUAAUUAUUAAUAUUACGAAAAUCAGUUAAUAAUGAUAACAAAUUAAUACUUACCUAAUAUAUUGACAAUAGUAAAGUUGGUCAGGCCUGGCUAAAAAUUCGUUUCUAGAAGUUGAUUUGAAAUAAGAAAUAUAUAUUUGGAUCGCCGUUUUUUUAUGACCACCAUUUUAUACAUAUUUUAUAGCAUUAUGUAUGAAUGCAUUUUUAUUGCCGAAUUUCGAUAGAUUAUUAUUAAUGAAUAUGAAUAGUUGGUUUUCAUUCGAGCAGUAAUCUAACGUCGGUCAAACAUCCUGUAAUGUGUCUUGUUCUUAAGAAAAAAAAUCAUUAUUUUGGCAGCCACAUAUAACUUACUUGUUUCAUUUUGUUUUAUAAUCUGAGUAUAUUAAUAUAUUUACUUUAUUACAUUUCAUAAUUUUAUACAAUCGUCAUAAUAUGACAUAAAAUAUGAAUAAAUUAUAAAUAUAUACAAUAUGAAUUAUAAAUUUGAAGGUCAAGUUAAAAAUUAGGUCAAAUAUCAAAAUAAAUCGUAUUAGUGGCGGAUUUACCCAUAGGUUAUAGGCUUGAGAAAAGAACGAAAACAAUAAACUUUUUAAAAUUAAUUUAAUAAGAAUACAUUGUAUACUAAUAUAAUACGUACAAUAUUCGUAAAUGUGUAUUAUUACAGAUAAGAUAAACAGUUAUUAAGACCGACUGUAAAGACGUAUUUACGACCUCAUUAUAUUAAUCAAUAAUUAAAUCACAAUAUAACCUUUUUUUUUGUAUAAAUUGUUCCAGUGCCUUCUUGAGUUUACUUUUUUUAUUAUAUCUUAAUCGUCUAUUUCCGUUAAAUGCGUAUUAAAAAUGUUUUUAAUAAUCUGUAAGUAUUUAAGUAGAUUGUUGAUAUUUAAUAUGGUAAAAUUUUAUAUUUUUUAUGUAUAAAAUAUGGUUAUGAUUGUAGUGCUAAGUGUAGUUAAUAUAAAAAAACGCCUAUACCUUAGAGUAUGUAAAUUCGCCUGAAAAUAUAGCAUUUUCGUAUCUUAUCAGUUUCAGUUCGACAUCAGUGUGGAUAAUUGGUUUCAAUACUGUGUCGUAAAUUUUAUAACUUAUGAUUUUCAAAUUUACAAUUUGUGUUGUUAAUAUUAAAAUCAUUUCAACUGAUAAAAAGGCAUUUUAAUUGUUGAUAUAUUUCAAUAAAAUCGGUACGGUACACAUUUGUAGAGUUCAUUAU